AUGCAAAAAUCGCUUGUUACAGGAGGCUCUGGCUUCAUUGCCCUUCACGUGAUAAAGUGUCUGCUCGAAAGGGGCGAUCUCGUCAAUACCACUGUCCGCAGCCUGAAGAACCUUUCGAAGUGCAAGCCCCUGCUUGAUAUGCAAAAGACGUAUCCAGGCAGGCUGAAACUGUUUGAAGCUGAUUUGAUGAAGGAUGGCUCUUUCCUGGAAGCGAUGGAGGACUGUGAGGUUGUCUACCACGUCGCCUCUCCGGUUUUAGUCCCACAACAAAUCAAAAACGGCAUGAAAGAAUGCGUCGAGCCUGCUCUUCAGGGCACCAAUAAUGUUCUACAGACUGUGAACAAGACCGAGACCGUUAAACGCGUCGUUUUAACGUCAUCCAUCGCGGCCAUGUACGGUGAUAGUUGGGAUAUCCUCAAGAUGAAGGGCAAGACAUUGUCUGAAGACUAUUGGAAUACGACAAGCACUGCCACCUACAGUCCUUAUAGCUAUUCCAAGCUAGUCGCUGAGCGUGAGGCGUGGAAAAUAUGUGACGCUCAGGAACGCUGGGACCUUGUGGUUAUCAACCCGGGCCUCGUCCUCGGCCCGUCACUCACCUCCGAAUCUGCAUCCGGUAGCUUGUUCAUGCUGGACGCUAUGUACAAGGGAGAAAAUCGCUCUGGUGUUCCGGAACUACACUACCCUGUGGCAGAUGUGCGGGAUGUGGCCGAGGCGCACAUCAAAGCAGGAAAAAGUCACUCUGCCAAGGGGAGGUAUAUCAUCGCCAGCGACCGCAGCAUUUGCUUGCUGGAUAUGGCAAAUUACGUGAGGGGAAUACAUCACAAGCCCGAAUCGUUGCCCACGCGCAAUCUUCCGAAACUUCUCGUCUUCGCCGCAGCACCCUUCAUCGGUCUGCCCAUGAAAUGGGUGUCACGAAACAUCGGCAUAUCCUACAAGGUCAACAACGGCAAGAGUAUCAGGGAGCUGGGGCUCUCAUACCGUCAAGCGGAGCAGCUGUUGAAAGAUCACUAUUUGUCGUGGCAAAGUCAGCGCGCUGGCAGGUGA